GGCUCUCUGGGAGCUACGCUUGUUGGUCUCGCGCGGCUGCCGAGCGGCCUCUGCUACCCUUGAGGGCCGCCAUGUCCUUGGCGCCGGUGCUGCGGGCUGGCGGGGCCCGCGCCGGGCUCAGCUCGCUCAGGGUGGCAAGGCUUCAUGUGAGUUCCCGGUGCAGCCUACAGUAUAACUGGCUGGCGUAUUUUUUGGGAGAGAGAACUACUCCAAGGUUGAAUGAAUACAGCAAAGUCAUCACGGUGGAAGGCAAUCUACGAAGCGGCAAGGGCAAGCUUGCACAGCAAGUAGCAGAGAAGCUAGGUUUGCGAUACUUUCCAGAAGCAGAUAGUCAUUAUGUGGACAGGGUCACAGCGGAUGGAACAAUAUUGGAUUCAAAAUUUGGCGGUAACUGUAGCCUGGAGAAAUUUUACAACAGUCCUAAACACCCAGAUGGAAACUCGUAUCGGCUUCAAGCCUGGUUAUUCAGUAACCGCCUCCUACAGUAUGCUGAUGCCCUGGAACACCUGCUGACCACAGGACAAGGAGUGGUUCUGGAGCGCUCCCCCUACAGUGACUUUGUGUUCUUGGAGGCGAUGUAUAAGCAGGGCUACAUCCACAAGAGGUGCGUGGAGCACUACGAUACAAUGAAGAAUCUUAGUCUUUCUGAUUUCUUGCCUCCUCACCUGAUCAUUUAUAUUGAUGUACCUGUCUCAGAAGUAAUGAAAAGGAUUGAAGAGAGAGGCAAGCCCUAUGAAAAGAAAGUAUCACCUGCGUAUCUUCAGAGCAUUGAAGAUGGCUACAAGAAAUCUUUCCUGCCUCAGAUAAGUGAGACUUCUGAGGUCUUGGAGUAUACCACAAGCGAGGCUGAACAGGUGGAAAAAAUAAUAGAAGAUAUUGAGUACCUGAAGUUCAACAAGGGACCUUGGCUCGAACAGGACGACGUCACUUUUCAUCACUUGAGGGUUCUGGUACAGGACAAGUACAGUGUGAUCCUUCCUACAACUCUCCCUUUCUACAUACCUGAAAUCACAGUGGGAGGCCUCGAUGCUGACAAAGCAUAUUAUGAAUACAAGGAGCUUCCUGGACGUAAAUACGCCCAAGGCUACAACGCUGAGGUUGGCGACAAAUGGAUCUGGCUGAAAUAAUGGGCUGGUGGAGCUCCUGUUAUCAACCUGCCUUUUGUGGGUGAUGCCCGAAGCUGGACUGACCCGGCAAGGUCAUUGUAGAAUGGCUUUGAAAAGAACGAAGUCUAAAUCGCCUUCCAUGCAAAGUAAUUCUCAACUGAAUCCCGUUAGGAAGUGCUUGGCAUCGCAGGUAGGCAUGGCCCUGGGAAUGUGGCCCUAUCAUCACAAUGGUGGCUGGUCCAGGAGCUUGGCUGGAUUUGGACGAAAUAAAACCCUUUACUC